CUAUUAAUAAAGUCUGUAACUUAUCACAGAAUUCGGUAGUUUUGAUUGAUCAGCUUUUGUGCUUUGAGUAAAUGUUUAUUAGUUGAAACUGUUAAAUUUAUUAUUUCUAUAAUAACUGUCAACAUGGCUAGCGCAUUACGAAAUAUUGGAUUUUUGGUUAAAAGUACCCUCACACAAACUUCUCUUAGAAAAUCAAUUGAUACAAGAAAAAUUAGUACAGGAUUAACAGUUCUUGCGCCAAAGGUUCAAUCUUUUGCUCCAGAUUUUUCUGGUACAGCAGUUAUUAAUAAAGAAUUCAAAGAAAUUAAACUUUCAGAUUUUAAAGGAAAAUAUGUGGUUCUAUUCUUUUAUCCUUUAGAUUUUACAUUUGUAUGCCCAACUGAAAUUAUUGCAUUUAGUGAUAAGGUGGAUGAAUUUAGAAAAUUAAAUACAGAAAUUAUUGGAGUUUCAACAGAUUCACAUUUUAGUCAUCUUGCAUGGAUUAAUACACCUAGAAAAGAAGGUGGUUUGGGUGAUAUUAAAUUGACAUUAUUAUCCGAUUUUCAAAAGAAAAUCGCUCGCGAUUAUGAAGUACUAGUAGAAAGUGAAGGAAUUGCACUACGUGGUUCAUUUAUAAUCGACCCGCAAGGAAUACUUAAACAAAUAACAAUAAAUGAUUUACCAGUGGGGCGAUCUGUCGAUGAAACUUUGCGACUGAUUAAAGCUUUUCAAUUUGUAGAAAAACAUGGAGAAGUAUGUCCAGCAAAUUGGAGCCCAUUAAACAAUGCUGAUACAAUAAAACCAGACCCGGUGGGAGCAAAAGAAUACUUUAAAAAAAAUAAUUAAGUGCUUAUUAAAUUUUCGGCUUUUUAUGUUAGACGUAAAAUAAUGAAAGUUUUAUUUUGUAGGAGUUAUAUGCUGUAAAUGUUUUUCGUAAAUUGAAAUAAUUUAUUGUAUUGGUAUAAUUGUAACAAAA